CUCACAGUACGGCAGAAGAGAAGGGACAAAGACAUUACAACUCAGAAGAAACCGACGUCGUUUCUAUCAUCUCUCUCUGCAUUUUCAAUUUUCAACUUCUGAGGAGUAAGAUCUUCCCUAGGGCAGCCAUGGAAAACCCUAAAGUUCAAGAGAUUAUAGAGAAGCAAGUACUUACCGUAGCGAAGUACGUGGCGGACAAAUUGGAUGAAGAGAUCACAGCACUUGAGCUUCUUGAUGUCGACGAUCUGGAGGCGCUGAAAGAGAGGGCGUAUACAGCAGAUGAAAAAGAUGGCGGAGAAGCGCAGCCGUUGGAUCUCCCUCGGCCAUGGCGAAUACUCUGAGAAGGACUUCUUCUCCGUUGUAAAAGCCAGCGAACGUUGUCGUUUGGCAUUUCUAUCGCCAGAAUUGGCCCUCCAAGAAAUUUGACGGAAACUGCCACAGACUUAUUACUAUGGUUCAUACCUUUGAAUCAAAACUCUGCAGCCUAAGGAAGAAGAAAGGGAAUGCAAUCCCAGCCAAGAAUCGAUCGCUAUGUAAGCUUGAUGCAACAAAAAAGAAUCACGUGGGGUUGUUUGAUUUUGGAUCUGUUUCUUGGAUUUGGGAUAGAAAAAACGAUGACAAGAUCGAGAAGUUGUCUCUGGUGAAGGAUUGCAUAAGUGAAUUACCAGAUGAUGUACUUGUUGCCAUACUCUCUCGAUUGAAGUUAAAAGAAGCAGCAAGAACCAGUGUUCUUUCCAAGAGAUGGAGAUACCUGUGGGCAUUCUCUCAGGGAAUUCUUGAAUUUGAUGUUUCCGAUUUUAGGUCACUUGAGGUUUCAGUGAAUAAUUUCCUAAAUUCCCAUCGAGCUCCAACCCUAGAUGAACUCAGGAUUCGUUUCAUAAGGCUUGGCGUCUAUUGGUGGCAUUUUGGAGGCCAAUUCUAUAGUUGGACAAAUGUUGUCAUCGGAAAAAGAGUGAAAAAGCUUGUGUUAGAUUUCAGAAACUCCGGCUUCUAUCCUUCAGAGUAUGAUCACUCGCUUGGAUCUUCCAGCUUCAGCUCUCUCGUGUCUCUCCACAUGACUCAUAAUAACGCAUCUCCCCUGUUGAUUCCCUAUUUUUUAUCUAAUUCUCCGCUGCUUGAGGAAUUAUGUGUCACUGGAAGCUGUCAUCUGGAUCAUCUCAGGAUUUGUGGAUCAUCUCUGAAGCUAAAGCACCUUGAUUUAAGGUAUGACAGAAUCCAAAUUCUUGAAAUAUCUGCACCAAAUCUGGAAUCAUUCCAGUAUCAUGAAUCAUUCCACUCUCAUGAAUUAUUCCUGUAUCAUGAAUCAUUCUGGAAUCCUGAAUAUGAGGAAAGGACAAGCAUUUUUUUCUAUGAUGUUCCUCGUCUUACGCAUGUAUCUUUUCGCGGACGUUACUGUAAUAAACUUUUAGCAGAAAAUCUGCUUGAUCUUUCAAGUUUCGUUACUCAGCUAAAGUCCCUCGUAUUGGUGAUCUCGGGCAAACAUAAGUUUAUGAGGAAUUUCUCACAAUUUCCUACAAUGGAAAAUCUCGAGUAUUUGCAGCUCUCAUUGUCUAAAGACACUGAUGAAAGCUUUCUCAUCUAUUUCUGCUUGCUGGAGGCUUCUCCAUCGUUGCGGAGAUCAUCAUUGAAGUUGGGGUGGUCCAAUUAUGGCGAUAUAAAAUUGGAGUUUACAAGGAGUCCAGAAUUUACCAGGCGUCCAAAACAUCAAUGCCUCGAGGUGUUAGAAAUAGUUGGAUUUAGAGAGGAUUACAAUCAUGACAAACUUGUAAUCCACUUGGCUGAGUAUGCUCCCUUUCUGGAAAAGAUAAUUAUUGAUCCCAACAGAUAUGGAUGCGCAGACAUUUCAAUACACCAAGCUCAGAAGUUGCAAUCAAGCCUACCCCCAUCAGUGGAAUUGGAGAUACUUUGUUAUGGACUCUUUCGUGGGGAUCACAUGCGAGAGGAAAGCUCAACAAGUCCAAGAGGAGUGAGUAACGACAACACUAUUUUGGAUCAGUCUCAAGUUUGCAGAAACACUUUGGAUGGCUUUCAGUAUUUUGGGUAGCUUUCAAAUUCUGUUUUAGCUUUAACCUUCUUAUCUGGAUUAUUUUUAAUUUUCCAUUAGACUGAUUUUCUGCUUGUAAAACUAAUUAAUAUAAAUUGUUGAGAUUGAAUCAAUAAAGGAUAAGCAGAAUUAUUUCAUUUUUAA